GUGCAAUAUUGCCAACGGCAAAAAAAAUUGUUACUGACAUGCAAAACAUUUAUCAAGAAGACCCAGGCCUCAUAGUAGAGCCGUCAUACUACUCUGGCGGUGUCCCAGUCUUUGAGCCAACAAUGGCGCAAUUUCGAGACUUCUACCGGUACAACAAAGCCAUCAACAAAUAUGGCAUGCAAAGCGGAAUAGUGAAAGUAAUCCCCCCUCCAGAAUGGCUGGCCCAGUUACAGGGAACUUACACCGAUGAGAAUCUCUCGAAAAUAUCCAUCAAAAACCCCAUCGUGCAGAACAUGAAUGCCUCUGCCGGCUACAAGGGUGUAUACUCCAGUCAAAACGUCGAAAGACAAAGGAAGUACAAUAUCUUUCAAUGGAAAGCGCUAUCUCAGAAGCCCAGCAACAUGCCCCCUGCCCACAAAAAGAAGCGGCGGGGCUCGGAGUCUGUGACAAACGAAAAAGAAGAGGAAUUGGACCCGGAACUGCGUAUGUAUACUAGAAGACGCAGCAAAGCAACCGGGCCCCGCCAAGUCGACGAAAUCCUUCGCGGUGAAUUUAAUAUCGAUGCCUCGGAAUUCUCGCAAGAGCGCUGUAAUGAGCUCGAGCUACUUUAUUGGAAGUCGUUGGGGUACGCGGAGCCAAUGUACGGUGCCGAUAUGCUCGGGUCAUUAUUCCGAGAAAACAUGGAAAUCUGGAACGUGGCCAAACUCCCAAACUUGCUCGACUUAAUGGACGAAAAGAUUCCGGGCGUCAACGAUGCUUACUUAUAUGCUGGGUUAUGGAAGGCCACAUUCUCCUGGCAUCUCGAGGACCAGGACUUGUACUCGAUUAAUUACUUACAUUUUGGGGCUCCCAAGCAGUGGUACUCCAUCCCACAGAGCCAAAACAAAAAGUUUUUCAAGCUUAUGCUGGAGAUCUUCGACGAGGAUCACAAGAACUGCCCCGAGUUUUUGCGCCACAAGACGUUUUUAGCCUCGCCGCAGUUCUUGGAGAAGCACGGCAUCACUUGCAACAAGAUCGUGCACAAGCAAGGCGAGUACAUGAUCACAUAUCCGUAUGGGUACCACGCAGGGUUCAAUUACGGAUACAACUUGGCCGAGUCGGUGAACUUUGCGCUAGAUGACUGGUUUGACUAUGCUAAAAUGACACGGAAGUGCGAAUGCAUCGACGACUCCGUGGGCAUCAAUCAUGCGCAGAUCUACUGCAAGUUCAAGGGAAUUCCAUACACACCAGCCGGGCAUUUUGUUGAAAAGGCAACUGUUCCCCGAAAAAAAUCUGCUUCCAUUGCUGCUGCGUCGGCACCGGGAAGGAUGAGACCUGUAUCAGCAUCAAUAGCUCCAGCUAAGAGGCAGUGUGUCGCAGAAAAGAAACCGAGGCCCAAGAUCUCUGAACUCCAGUGCAUUUUGUGCCCUAAUAACCUCCCCGCGCGGCUUCUCUCGCUCAAGAAGUUUGAGCUUUUGAACACCGACCAAAAUGACCCACGCACUGGCGACACAUUACGAGUGCACCGCAUUUGCGCCGAGGCGUUCCUGCCACAAGUAGAAAUCUCACGUCCUGCUGCAGGCUCCAAAACGGAAACGGUGACGGGAAUAGCAAACAUUGCCAGGCCGUAUCGCAGCUUGAAGUGCCUUGUGUGCCGGGUGCCUAAUCGUCUACAGACGUCAGCGAAAACAGUAACGCGCGGGGCUUGUUUCCAGUGUUCAGCUUCCAGAUGCGUGAAGUCGUACCAUGCGACGUGUGCCUUAUCGGCGGGAUUUCUCUUCAACAAAAGCUGCUGCAAAACCCACAGACCGUCGCACUCAAAGUAUUAUGACCGGCAGGAUCAACAGCUCCACGAGAAGCUCUCAAGAAUUCCCCACAAUUCCAUGAUCCAGUAUAGCUUUCCAGGCCCCGGGAGAAGGCACACGGGCGAUGUGCAUGGAGGCCUUGUGGUUAAGAAUGUGGCUGCGGAGCACAAAUUUGAAGUGGCGUGCUAUCCUGAACUCGCGGAGCAGUUGGAGGUCCACUAUGAUGACGUGAUUCUUGGCUGUGGAGAGGAAACCGACAAUGAACAGUUCCUCGGGAUGGAGGAUGCCGCUAGUCUGCUGGAGCCGGAAUCCAGCCCCGAGCCGUCUGGCCUCAAAUUUCUCCCGCACCCUCUUGGGUUUUCGGAGAGCAAUUACAGUUUUGCCACGCACAGCUCCCAUGCGGUAUCUGGCAGCAGCGGCAAGCGAAACUACGUCUUCAUUAACGAGUUUCCAGGAAACGCCUCGGCCCAAACAGCGCCCGAAUACAGCCUGUACCAGGUUAUUACAGAUGCCUCGUAG